AGUCGGAAACGAAGAGUAAAAAAUGGAUCUGAUGGGGUUGUGAGUUGUGAUUUUGCAUGCAUAAGCUGCUCUUAGUGAAGGUAGAUUGAUCGUUCACUAAUGGAUGUAGGAAUUUAAUUGAUUGUAGCUUGUUCGGAAAAAAAGGAAAAUAAUGACAGAUUGUGUUGCAUGUCUAGUUGUUGAGAGUUGUUUUAUACCUCAUAAGUCAAAAUUUUGAAUUGAAUAAAUCAGAGUGUAGAAGGAAAUUUUUUGUUGGAAUCGCCACUUUGGGCUACCUUACUCACAAUUAGGUCUUGAAAUUUUGGUUUAGGCAAAAAGUUAUAGAAGUGGUAAAGUCAGAACUCUGCCUACAGAAUAGAGAAGACUCUUAUUUUCAAUAAUGUAAAUCUCAAAAACGUCUAUAGUACUUCCACCUUGGUGGCUCUCUUAUAAAAAAAAGUAGUAUAAAAAACAAAUCAUCACAAUAAAAUCAAAGGAAUAACAGGAGCAAUAUAUAUGGACCUCAUAGCUAACACAGUUAGCUUUCAGGAUAUCGAUUUGUUAAUGAAGAUUUAAUAAUGUAAGAUCAUAUACGGGUGAUGUGUUUGCUUUCUCAGAACUCUAUAGAAGCUUUGUUUGCAGGACCUUGAAGCAAAAGAGAUGUGAAAAAUACUUGGAUACUGUACUGACAUAUGCAAAUCACAUUGCAUUUGUGUUGAAGAUCAAAAGCUUUUAUAUUCUACAUGAUUGUGUAUUGUACCGUUCCUGCUAUCUUUAGAAAUGCAUUCAGUUGUGCUGCUGUAUAAUUAUUACCACAGAAAGCAGUUUCCACAACUUAAGUUUCUUGCUUUCGAACCUUUCUGCAAAAUGGCUUCCAUUGCAAAUCCCAGCCUUUUGAUGUAUAUGAAAUUUAUGCUCAAAUAAGAAGAAGGGCCAGGAAAUCUUGACAAGCAUCUCUCAGUCAUGGAGAAGAUGGUCAUGGAUGCCUAUACUAAGAAGGAAAAGUGUUUGCUUGAGUUCUGCUCUAUGACACAGAGGGUGUGGUCACUGGUGGAGAAAGAAGUUGAUAGACAAGUCGAAAAUUUGAUAGGGACAACACAGAUGAAAAUGCACUUAUCUGAAAAAGGAUCUUUAAUUUCAGAUGAAUCUCUGGAAAAUGAAGAUGUAUUUCAGCAGCUUGCAUUUUCUGCUGUGGAGCAGAAAACAGGUAGCAACUGUUCAAAGUUGAGUAUCUUGGAGCAUCAUAUGACAUAUUCAUUAAGUCAAGAGAAGACCACUGUCAGGGUAUAUAUAAUGAACUACACAGAAGCAAUGAAUGAAGGGCUUGUGGAAAUUCCUAUCAAAGACGUAAUAAGCAGCUUGCAAGGGCCUCUAAUCAGGACUGACCAACCUUCUGAAGUGACUUCAGUAGAACUGGAUGAUCUUUGUACAUUACCACAAUUCUGGAUAUUACCACAAUAUAGAGUUCUUCCUUCAAUUCUGGAUGGUAGGGUGAAAGAUGUUAACUUCUACUCAGGAAUGCUCCAAGCAACUGUGACCCUUAAAAGGGUUGAACUUUGAAUGCACGGUAAAUGGUGAUAUGAAGAGCAGUCGCCGUGCAGCACAAUCGUCCGCAGCUACUCAUAUGUUCAGCAAACUCCUCUCCAUGGCAAGAAACCAAGCUCAAGCACAGUUUGAGAUCUCCAUGCCCACCAGUUUAUGCUUCU